AUGGAUAUGGAUUCAAUGGAAGAAAUUGUGAUCGUCGGCGGUGGGAUUUGUGGCCUUGCCCUCGCCCUUGCUCUUCACAGGAAAGGUUUGAGAAGCAUAAUUUUGGAAAAAUCAGAAUAUUUGCGUGAUACAGGUGCAGCUAUUGGCAUCCGUGCUAAUGGCUGGCGAGCACUCGAUCAGCUUGGUGUCGCCUCAGAACUUAGACACAAGGCCGUUGCUAUUCCCAGGAUUCGAGAUGUAUGGAUUGAUGUUGGAAAGCAAGAAGAAAUACUAGAAACUGGCGAGUUCCGUUGCGUGAAGAGAAACGAUCUUAUCAAAAUCCUGGCUGAUGCUUUGCCACCUGGAACAAUUUUCUCAGUAAACAUGGACCAGGAAAACGCUUAUCCCACUCUUCAUCUUUUUGGUGGAAAGUCAAUACGAGCUAUGGUUCUGAUUGGAUGCGAUGGAUCCAGAUCAAUCGUGGCUGAGUUCCUUGGGCUUAAAACUGCAAGACCUUUUUCUCUUCUUGCAGUUAGAGGUUUAACCAAUUAUCCAAAUGGUCAUGUGUAUCCUCAUGAGUUCACUCGCAUGAGGACGGGCAAAAUCUCGGUAGGAAGAAUUCCAAUUAGUGAUAAUUUGGUACAUUGGUUCGUGGUUCAACAGUCGACCCAAUCAGCUGAAAAUUUUACACAUGAUCCGGAAACAAUCAAACGAUCAACCUCAAACAUAGUGAGUGGUUUCCCAAGUGAUGUAAUAGAGAUGAUAGAAGGGGCAGAGGUCGAUUCAUUGUCUCUAACUCACUUAAGGCAGCGUGCUCCAUGGGAUUUACUGCUACCAACAUUCAGGAAAGGAACGGUGACAGUGGCAGGAGAUGCAAUGCAUGUAAUGGUCCCAUUCCUUGGACAAGGUGGCUCGGCAGCUUUAGAAGAUGCCGUUGUCCUCGCCAGAUGUUUGGGACAAAAAAUAAGAGCUGAAGACUUGUCUAACUGUGGUAGGCCGAUACUGAUAGACAAGGCUGGAGAAGCAAUCGAUCAAUAUGUGAAGGAAAGGAGAAAACGGCUGGUGGCAUUGUCAACACGAACAUAUGUUACUGGCCUUCUAUUGCAAACACGAUCGCAGCUGGUGAAAUUCGCUGCAACUAUGUUGUUGGUCAUUCUGUUCAGAGACCCAAUCGGUCACACUAAAUAUGACUGCGGGAUGCAUUUCCUGCAAGACCUUUCAUCAUUUUCCAACAUUUGCUCCACUUUGAUUCUGCGAACCACCAAUGGUUUGCUGGCUGUAAUAUGCAGGAUUCUGGUUUAUGAGAUUAUCACUCAUUUAAGGCCAUCUCUUGAUGACAAGAAAUCAACUCUUUGUGCAGUGAUCUUGUCAUUAUAUACACUGCACUGGUUCUUCACCUUUCUUUAUUGUAUAGAUGUAGUAUCUCUAACGGCAGUUCUUGCCAUGUAUCUUUUAGUUUUGAAGAAGAAAUAUCUAUUCAGUUCAUUGCACAUUAGCCUCCUCUUAUGGAAAUCCCUAAAUCUCCACCACCAAAUUUCUCCUUGCACUGGGCAACGAGCAUCAAACCCUGCCAGUGGAGAUGAACGCUGUGCCGCUGCAUGCUCUCACGCCUCGCGUAGUGACGCUCUUUGCCGCUACGCUCGGCGGUUUUCUCCACUGCGGUGUAGCGCUGGUGGAGAAAGAAUGGAAGGAGAUAGAGAAAAAUGGGAAUAUGUGGAGAGGGAAUGGAGAUGA